AUGCCCUGCGUCAAAGUCUCUGGCGGUCCGGCCAACAGGAGCGCUGCUGGCCCGUCCGAGACGUCAUACGGGCGGAUUCGGGCUGGCUGGGCCAUACACAGGGGCAAGUUCGCUCCGAGGGGCUCUCGACAUCUGCGAGUCUGUUAUCGCUUCACCAUCAUCAACAUCAUCAGUGCCUUUACUCUUGCAUUCAUCUGUUCAUCUAUCCAUUAUCGCAACUCUCAAGUCGUCCCAAUUGCAUUCCAAUCAAAUUCUCUAGAAUGCAAGUUGAUCCCGGGUGAUAAGCGUUGGGCUCCGCACUUCCCCGAUCGGCGGUUUAUCGCGCACCGAGCUUCUGCUGGCGCUUGCUUUUUUGCCCUUUACCGACAUUUUCUACAAGCAACCCUCCUCCACGACUUCAACUCUUCACCGCCUCAUACCACCCUUAUACACGCGCCAUCGAGGCCCAUCACCUUCAACACUCACCCCGCUCACAUUCCCAAGACACGACGCGUCUACACGGAACGAUCAACGAGCACGACACCGGACUACCGGCACACGAUCACAAUGAAGUACUUCCAGCAAACGGUAGACUUCGACUACUCAUGGGAGGAAGUCUCGACAAACAACUGGCAAAAAUACGGGCCGUGGAAUGAGCUGACGCCGCAUGUCAUCGCCGUCGACACGUUAAGCCGGGCGGUAGAUCCUGCGACAGGAAUUCUACGAACAGAACGCCUCAUCACCUGCCAACAAUCCACGCCAAAGUGGAUAAACUGCAUCCUCGGCGGCCAAGACACGUCCAUGGUCUACGAAACCUCCUACGUCGACCCCGUCGCCAAGAAACUCACACUGUGCUCCAUGAACGUGACCUGGGCCGACCUGCUCAACGUUCGCGAAACCUGCACCUACCAGCCUGCGCCCUCCAACUCUGCAUCACGGCCCAAAACACAAUUCACGCAGAGAGCGGAAAUCACGGCGUUGUGUGGCGGCUGGCAGAAGAUCAAGAACAGCAUAGAGCAGUUCACUGUUGAGCGAUUUCAGCAGAAUGCUGCCAUGGGGAAAGAGGGGUUUGAGAUGGUGCUCGAGAAGGCACGCCAGGUGUUUCACGAGCAGAGAGAGCUGCUGAGAUUACAGCAAGAGAGCCCGAUCCUGAGACAGGCGAAGAUAUGA